AUGCUUCUAGCCUUCUCGGCUAAGAGUGAGGAGCUGGAUAUACUGAUGUUGAGCCUGACUUUUGGCAAUGUCGAGGUGAAGAAUUGUCUGAGAAACGUGGUCACGCUUUUCCAUUAUAUCGAGAAGGAGAGGGCGUGGCGGAAGGAAAAUAGAAGACCAGAAGGGUUUGAAACGUUGAAUGCGAGGAAACCUAUUGUUGCUGUUGGUGCUGAAGAGCCGUUGGCGGAACAUAUGAUGGUCGCAGACUUCUUCCACGGUGUCGAUGGACUCGGAGGUAUACAUCAUAGCCACCCCCAUCUCUCGCCUGAAGAGACGUGGAAAUCCCUCUUCACGCCCCAGCCGAAGAAUCUUGCGCCGGAAGAAGCUGCAGCGCUGCAGAAGGUCAAGGAGAAGCAUUCGCUCUUUACGCCAUCGCUCAAACCCGCACACGAAGUCAUGCUCGACUUGUUGAGGGAGAACGAGCCGGGUACGAUUACCAUUGUAGCCGUCGGACCACUAACAAACCUUGCCAUCGCUGCCGCGAAGGAACCGGAGACGUUCCUGAGAGUCAAGGAGGUGGUUGUCAUGGGCGGUGCUAUCGACGCGCCUGGAAACAUGACACCCGGCGCCGAGUUCAAUACCUACGCCGACUCCAUUGCAUCAGCCCGCGUCUUCGCACUAACGUCUCAAAACCCGCAUCUCACCAUGCCACCUGUCAUCUCCAACGGCAAGAAAGAGCAGCUCCCUCCGUAUCCGGAGAAGUUGAGCAAGAGGCUGACGAUCAAAUUAUUCCCGCUCGACACGACCGAGUUGCAUGUGUUGCCCAAGGCCAUGUAUGAAGAUUAUAUCAAUUUGAAGCCGAUCAAAGGGAGUCCCAUGGCGGAAUGGACUAGUCUCUUUCUCGAUGCAACGUUCAAGAAGAAUGCGAGUUUGAAUCCGCAGCAAGAUGCUACGAAAGCUGGUCUUCAACUACACGACCCGCUGACCAUUUGGUACGCGCUCUGUCCUAAUAAUAGCGCGUGGAAGUUCAAGGAGGAAGAUGUCAGGGUUGAGACGAGUGGGCAGUGGACGAGGGGAUGUACGAUUGUUGACCGGAGGGGUCGACCAAUUACAGAGGGACAAGGCGAUUUGAGCGAGGAAGUCGUAGGAGACGCAGGGGGUUGGAGGGAUUCAAGGAGGGGUAAUAGAGUGGGCUGGUGUACGAGGAGUCCCGGGGAGAGCAAGUUUGGGAGAGUCUUGUUGCACCGGGUGCUGGGGGAUGGGGAACAGUGGUAG